AUGUCGGGAUCAUCACGGAGCGGCACCGCGGCGCCCGUGAGCACCCUCACCGACGCCGCCGAGCGCGGCAUCGCGCGAGCGAGGUUCAGCUCCCUCGGCCGACGGUAUAUCGGGCCGAGGCUGCCCCGGCGCCAGUCCUUCGACGACGCGGCCAGAUCGCCGGAGCUGAUGUACGCCCUGUUCGUCAGCGCCAAAACCUUCGCGCGCGUGCUCGACGCGUACGGGGCGAUACCCCCGGGGACGCUGGCGAUCGUCGCCGCCAACGUCGCCGUCUUCUCCCUUCCCGACGGCGUCGCCUUCGGGGACGUCUGCCUCAACCCUUACGCCGUCAUCCACCUCGCGCAGCUCGAGAGACUCGUCACCAGCGCGUUCGUGCACGUCGACGCGUUCCACUUACUGUCCAACAUGCAGGGCGUGCUGCAGGAUGGGUCGUUUCUGGAGAGUCUGGACGGCACCCCGAGGUUCCUCGCGCGAUGCGCGACGCUGUUGGGGCUGUCGCAGUGUACCCUAGUCGGGCUGUCGUGGGCAGAGAGGAGGUUUUAUCAACGGGGAUCGUCGGCGUCGAGGCGAGCGGACGCGUGGCUCGACGACGCCGUGGACCGCGUGUCCAAGUACGCGUACGGCGGGAACUCGCCCGGCUACCACGUCCCCAUCCGAGGAACGUCCUCGUCCUCAUCCGCCCCCAAACUUCUGCCCUUCUACAACAGCGGCGUGGUGGGCUUCUCCGGCGUUAACUUCGCGCUGAAAGUCGCGGCGGCGCACCGACGCCCCGCGAACUCCGUCGUCCUCGUCGGGGGCCUGGUGCCGGUCCCCGCGCGAUACAGCGCGUGGUUCGAGCUCGCGCUCGGCACCCUCAUCGUCCCGAGCGCCGGCACGUUCGCCGCGCACUUCGCGGGGACGAUAGCGGGGUUGAUCUCGGUGUACGCGCCCCGCAUGAGCGGAUUUGGAGUUUUGGGUUCGAGUUUUAGCGGCGGGCGGAACAGGGCGUACCGCGGGCGCGGGCACAGGCUCGGGGGCCGGUACCUGCGCGACGACGACCCGGGGGCGGGUGGGGCGGGUGGGGGUGGGCGUAACGGUCGUAACGGUCGUAACGGUCGUGACGGUCGGGGCGACGAUUCGUCCCCCGCGGGCGCGACGCGGGGAUCCGCAGGCCGCAGGCUGGGGGGCGGUGACCCGAGUAACGGUCGUAACGGUCGUAACGGUCGUAACUGGUUCGCCCGCGCGUGGGGGGUCGCGUGCGCGCCGUUCGCGAGGCUCAAGGUGGCUGUGGACGAGGGCGCGCCGCUGGUGGUUCACGGGGCGUUUGCGUUGGCGUGCCUGGUGCUGCAGCGGACGAUGGCGAGGAAUUGCCCGGAGGGGUUGCUCCGGCGCGUGUCGAUUCCGCCGAUCGUGGUGCCGUUCUCCCUCGGUGGAUGA